ACUUGCAGAUUCAGGAAGGAUUUACAUUUAAAGGCAAAGGCUCCCUGCCCCUAGGUUUUACCAAGUGAGUAGUGCCCUUCCUGCCCUGUCUGGCCAUCCAAUCAUAUGCCGAUAUGCAGGCAGAUAAAAAGGAGCAAGUGCUCUUUCAGAACCAAUUUGCUGAGCCUGUCACCUGUGUUCCAGGAGCCAAACCAGCAAUGUCUUCCCCUGCACAGCCUGAAGUUCCUGCCCCACUGGACAACUUGAAGAUUCAACACACCAAGAUCUUCAUAAACAAUGAAUGGCAUGAUUCAGUGAGUCACGAGAAAUUUCCUGUCAUUAACCCUGCAACUGAGGAGGUCAUCUGCCAUGUGGAAGAAGGGGACAAGGCAGAUGUUGACAAAGCUGUGAAGGCCGCAAGACAGGCUUUCCAGAUUGGCUCCCCCUGGCGCACCAUGGAUGCUUCAGAGAGAGGACGCCUGCUGAACAAGCUGGCUGACUUAAUGGAGAGAGAUCAUCUGCUGCUGGCUACAAUGGAAUCAAUGAAUGCUGGAAAAAUCUUUACUCAUGCAUACAUGUUGGAUACAGAGGUCAGCAUAAAAGCCUUAAAGUACUUUGCAGGCUGGGCAGACAAGAUUCAUGGCCAAACAAUACCAAGUGAUGGAGAUGUUUUCACUUAUACAAGACGUGAACAUAUUGGGGUGUGUGGCCAAAUCAUUCCUUGGAAUGGUCCAUUGGUUUCAUUCAUUUGGAAAAUAGGCCCUGCCCUUAGCUGUGGGAACACCGUGAUUGUGAAGCCAGCAGAGCAAACUCCUCUCACAGCUCUUCACAUGGCAUCUUUAAUAAAAGAGGCAGGGUUUCCUCCUGGUGUGGUGAACGUUGUCCCUGGUUAUGGACCAACUGCAGGGGCAGCCAUCUCUUCUCACAUGGACAUAGACAAGGUGUCUUUCACAGGAUCAACAGAGGUAGGGCCAUUUUUUGGAACAAAAUAUUUCUUCUCUCAUGUGAAUGUUUCCUUUGCAGUGGAUAGUGCUGUUGAGUUUGCACACCAAGGAGUAUUCUUCCACCAGGGUCAGAUUUGUGUCGCAGCAUCCAGACUUUUUGUUGAGGAGUCCAUUUAUGAUGAAUUUGUUAGGAGGAGUGUGGAGCGGGCUAAGAAAUAUGUUCUAGGAAAUCCUCUGGACUCAGGAAUGAGUCAAGGCCCUCAGAUUGACAAGGAGCAACAUGUUAAAAUCCUUGAUCUCAUUGAGAGUGGGAAGAAAGAAGGAGCCAAACUGGAGUGUGGUGGAGGACGCUGGGGGAAUAAAGGCUUCUUUGUCCAGCCUACAGUCUUCUCCAAUGUGACCGAUGAGAUGCGCAUUGCCAAAGAGGAGAUAUUUGGACCAGUGCAACAAAUCAUGAAGUUUAAGUCCAUAGAUGAGGUGAUCAAGAGAGCCAACAAUACUCCCUAUGGUCUAGCAGCAGGAGUCUUCACAAAAGACCUGGACAGGGCCAUCACUGUGUCUUCUGCUCUGCAGGCCGGGACAGUGUGGGUGAAUUGUUAUUUGGCUCUCUCUGUCCAGUGCCCAUUUGGUGGGUUCAAGAUGUCUGGAAAUGGGCGAGAAAUGGGUGAACAGGGUGUUUAUGAAUACACUGAGCUCAAGACAGUCGCAAUGAAAAUAUCUCAGAAGAACUCCUAAAGAAGCCAGCAGAGUGACGAGAAACUCUCAGCAGUGGCUACAUGUCUCCUACAAUCACCAGCAGAGGGUUGUUUUAUUACAGGGUCUUCUGUUGAUUUCUUAAACAUAAGGAAUCCAUCAGCAUUACUGUAACUCAUAGAAAACAUAUAGCUUAAUUCUUCUAAUACAUGACCCUAAUUCAUACCCAAGAAGAAAGGGAUACAUUUAGGUACAUGCUCUUUGUAACCCAGUCAUGAAAAAGUGCUUUCCAUUGUAGCUACUUGUCUACAGCCCUCAUUUGAUGUGAUUUAAACUCUGUUUUUCGGUGACUUCUUGCACUACUUACCAUGCACAACUGAAAAGUUAGCCACUGUUCUUGGAGUUAUUGUUCUGAGUAUUGUGAAAUAUUUUUAGAAUGACACACCUGCUUGUCAAAUAAAAUGCUUAGCUGUAAAUAGAGUGCAAAGUUUAAUAAAGGCAAAAUCUCACAUGA